ACUAGCAUACUGUUACAUAGUCGACAUUUGUUCUUCUCACCUACCCGGUGCUGUUUUUCCUGAAAGGCGAGCGUUGUUGAUUUUCAGAACAGAAUCGAGAACGUUCACAUUGGCAUCAAACUUCUUACCGUCAACCUUAACAACUACCACCACCAUGCUAUCUCUGAGGAAGCAGAAAUCCGUCCGCUCCAUCAAAUCCUUCAUGCGAAACAGCACCGAGUUCGCAGAAGGUGGCGAGAUCGCCUCGUCCAACAAUAGCAUCUCGCGCUACAACACCGACAGAGGCUACUCAAACGAACCCCAGCUCAGAGCCCUCCAUCUCCCCGGCUCAGUCCACUGCAGCGACGCCAUUUCCGCUGGAAUAUGGAGCUGGAUUCAUUCGAGCGCUAGUGGGUUCGUAGACCCGGAUACUCUACAUGUCGCUGCGGCCCAUACCCGUCUGUUUGCCACGGACGGGACGCCCCUUGAGGUGCCUUUCCACAUUGUGUCGCUUGGAGAUGAGAUUGAGGAUGGACAUUGGAAGGGAUUGGCUGGUGCGCGUCCGCUGCCUGGGCUGACGAGACCCAAUAUGUCGCGCGUUGCCAGCACUUACGAGAAUGCUACUCCGGGAUCGAGUCUGCGGGCUGGUGGGAAAGUGACCCGUCGACCUGUCGGCGGCGUGUUUCAUGAGGCUGAUGCCGGGCCGGCUGGGGGAAAAGUUCGAAGGAUGUAUUUGCAGUUUGACGGACUCCGUCUUAAGAGCAGCACCAACGCUCAAGCGGUGAUUUGCCGCGUUCAAUGUGGAAACCAGCGACCAUGCACCCAGAUCAUCUACUUGCGAAAGGAGGCUAGCAAAGGGUUUGGGCUCGUAGCAAACCCGAAAGAAGGUUUCAUCUUCGAUAUCGACGAGCACGAACCACGCGUCUUAAUCCGCAUCCACGCCACCCCCGUUGGCGCGACUCGCACCUCCCUAGACGGCCUCUCCUCGUCCCCUUCCUUCGAGCACCUCGCCUCUCCCGUAAGCGACCGCCCACGCCUCAACAACCUCCUCUCCGGCCUUCGCCGCUCUCCCACCAGCAAUUCCUCCUUCCGCUUCAACAACGACGCAUUUUACAACAGCGGGAUGUCCACCCCGACGCGCGUUCUGCCUAGCAAUGCGACUGUGGAAGCCGGUCCGCUGUUGGGGGAGAUUAUAUUUACGGUGCCGGAACAUGCUGCGUAUAAUCAUUCGAAGGUUGCUGGGGAGUAUACGGUUAUGUCGGCGAAUGCAAAGAAGGAGAUUGCGAAGUUGUCGUUGCAGUUGGGAACGUUUUUGGAUGAGGAGUAUGUUCCGGAGCCUGAGCCGGAACCCAUCCCUCUCGAACCUGAUUUUGGAGACUACCUUAACUUCAUGAUCCACACCGCUGGUGUUUCGGUGUGGCGCAAGUACUGGUGUGUCCUGGCCGACCGCGAGCUCUGCGUGUAUGAUUUUGAGUACCGGGAUAUCAAACCCAUCUCGCGCCUCCCUCUCUCCUCCAUCUCCCAAGUCCACCCGGCCGACGCCGAAUUCAUCAUGGCCCCAUACUGCAUCGAACUCACCCUCACCCCGCAACACACCUCCCACGACACCCUCCCCGACUGGACCGCCCGUGUCAUCGACGACAAACCCGGCUCGCGCGACGCGGUGGUGUAUGCUACGGCCGAGUCGCACGAGGCCAUGAUUGGGUGGAUGGAUCGCAUUGCGAGGUGUAAAGCGCGGUUGGCGGGUGCGGGCACGCCGGUGCCGCCGCCGAGGAAGGGGGGCGUGCAGAAGAUGGAGAGGAGGAAACCGGUUGCUUCGAUGGCUUGAGGUGGUGGAGAUUUUUGGAAAAUGGAUGGAGGAGUUUCUGAUGACUUUCGGGAGAUUCUCGUGAAACUCUCACUUUUUGUAAGCAAUGAUUGUUGCCCCGCACAUACACAUAUACACACAGUCGCUCAUGUCCAAAAAAAAAGUAUAUCCAAAGAUUGCCUCUUGUUAUCCGAUCUGGUCUGAAAUGAUGGAAAUACAGUACUACGUAGUACGUACAGAUAAGCCCGUACGGGCGGGUCCUCGGAGAAUCGCACGGCUUCACGUCACGUGUUAGCACAAAGUACUGUACUGUAGGGCUGACUGUAGGCCGCCGAGUAGGCCGCCGAUGCCGCCGCCACCUCGCUUUGCGAUCCGAGGUCGCAG